AUGACGGGUGCCGCCGUCAUCGUGCUUGUCUUGGCGACCCUUGUUCACUUCUCCGUGGUAGCAGAUACCCUUGUGCGCAUCCCACUGCGCCGACAACCCAGACCUUCAAACACAGCACGGCCUUCGCUCGCGGAUCCAUCCCAGAUCCUGGACGAGGUUGAUCUGGCUGCUCGAGGGCACGUCCCCCUGACCAACUUCGUCGAGUUUCAAUUCUAUGGCGAUAUGACAGUUGGAACACCGCCGCAGCAACUUGUGGUGACGUUCGACACAGGCAGCAGCGAUCUGUGGGUGCCAGGCAGCGCGUGCGUCCAUUGUGCCGGCUCCCAUCGCUUUACUCUAUCCUCGUCGUCCACAUUUCGUCUGUCGUCGAAUCCCAACUUUACGAUCGCGUAUGGCAGUGGGCAAGCGCACGGUAUGAGCGGCAUCGACACAAUCGCGGUCUCUGGGUACAACGCGACGGGGGUGCCGCUGGGCGUAGUUGAAGAGGAGGAAGAUUCGCUGAGCAACAUGAAGCCUGACGGGUUGAUGGGUCUGGCCUUCGAUGGACUCGCGACGUUUUCACACCCUCCUCCAUUCAUGCUGCUGGUGCAUCAGAAUCCAGACCUGGCACCGCGGUUUUCCUUCUACUUGACGCCAGAUCCAAACACGAACGGGUCGGAAGUGAUCUUUGGCGGAUUUGACGCGGCCCGAAUGGAAGGUCAGGUGUGGCAAACGAUGAACGUGAUCCCGCAGUACGGGUACUGGACGUUCUGGCGCGUUCAGCUCCACAGCAUGCACAUCGGGUCUGCGUUGAAUGCGUGCGACGAAGGGUGCAUGUUUAUCAUUGGGACGUACUGGCUGUACCCGUCGCUGCGAUCGAAGCGCUUGCUGUCGCUGCUAUUCUGGCUCAGCUGGUGCAACCUCAUCUACAACUCGCUCGUCUGGCUUGGCAGCGUCUGGCAGUACUCGGACGUGUCCCUUGGCUGCUCCGUUCAACUGGUCGUCCAGCAGUUUGCCGGCGUCGGCAUACUCCUGCUCAGUGCCGUGAUCAGCAUCGAGUUGCUCCGAGCCGUGUCGGGAUGGCAAGCGCAAACGCCAGACCACUCGGGCUGGUACCACGCCGUCGUGUGGACGAUGUGCACAAUCUGUGCGUGCGUGACGAUUUGGACUGGCGUCCUCGGUUACGUCCCCGACACCAACUACGGCCCUGCCAUGGCGUGCUGGACAAACCAUACGCCGCUGUGGGGUCGCAUUGCGUUCUUUUACCUCCCCGUGCUCGUGAUCCUCGUUCUGAGUUUGCAUGCGCUCCAAGUCGCCAUCCAUCGUCUCCACAGCACCAACUUGAUUCAGACCGAGUCGGGACGACGCAGCUCCCAGCUUCUCGUGUCGUACGUGAUUGUGUUCGGCAUCACUUCGGUCGCACCAGCACUGGUCGGGCUCGCCGGUCUGUAUGUCAACUUGCCCGAACUUGUCGUGUACACGAGCGAAGUGUGCUUUUACGCACAGGGUUUCCUCCACUGCUUUGUGUGGGCAUGUAGUCCGUCCUUUCAACAAGCCUACACGCAGCGAUACUACGCGCUUGGCGAGCAUGAAGUCGAGGGUCUUGUCGCGGAAUAG